GUUUCAAUGGAGUCUUUCUUGAUGAAUUUACAGCUUCAUCAUAAUUCGAGGUUAUAAGCCGAGAUUUCCAGUUGAGCAACAGAAUAGGAUACUGAAUCUCUGUCCAAACAUAUCUGAACCUCUUCUGCGACUGCUGUACUCGCCUUUUACACGUGACGGCGCAGUAUCAACUUUGAGUUGAUUUACUUUUGUCUUGGCCAAUAUCUUCAAGCUUCAACUUGUCGCAAAGCAUCUGAGACCUCACAAACUAUCUCAGAAAACCUCAUAUAGGAUUCAGUACUCAUGGCGGCCUCAAUUCCACCCGACCUGCGGGUUCUAUGCCGCAAACUCACCUCCAUUCCGCCAACUCAGCUUCCUCAUGCGCUGCCAUCUCUCAUCAACCACAUCCUACACUGCAAGGAGCCAUUGUCAGCGCCUUCGGACCGCAAGGUCAAGGAUAGCUCCCCGGAAGCCGCUCAGCUUGUCCAUAAGCUCAAGGCGAGUAUUACCACUCACUUGAACGGACGAAGUCGCGAGGCUAGAUUCGCUGCAGUUGCUAUAAUCAAGACUGUGGUUGACGUUGGUGGGUGGGAGAUCCUACGAGGUUGUCAACCAUGGGUCACUGGACUCCUGUCUGUAGUUGAGAAAAGCGAUCCCAUUACUUCAAAGGAGUUGGCCAUUGUGGCUCUUACACGCAUCUACAUCUCAGUCCAGCCAUAUCAGACCCUUGUCCGCGAGAUUGCCACACCAACAAUCCCAACAUUUGUUACAGCUUGCAUAAAGCUCAUCAGCUUGCCCAAGAACGGCGAAAAGCUCCAAACGCCCCUAUCUGUCAUUGAGACUAUUUGCGACGCUUUAUCAGCCUUGAUUCCGCUUUACCCAACAACCAUUCGGCCUUCAAACUCCAAGCUCAGAACAGCAGUCAAGCCUUAUCUUGUUCCUACACAAUCAGAUGAGACUAUCAUUCCACAAAGCCUUCAGCGAGCUUCGCGAAAAAUUGUUAUCUCGCUUCACCAUGUUGCGGCCAAGUCAGGAGGUAGUGAUGAGUGGGCCAAGCUGAUCGACACUCUCCUGAAGGAGUUGCACUCUACAGCUGACCAGGUCCUGAGAGCCGUUGAAGAAUCAUGGGAGGGAACAAGCGGCUUCACUCGAUCGCAAGUUGAACUCGAUAAUGAGCCGAACGGUGGUGGCUUAUCUGCGGACGAGCUCCCAGCAUGGUCAGGAACCAACGCUGGGGCUGAUCGUUUAAUUGGCCUCUUCCAGUAUCUUUCUGAUUGUCUGCGAUAUCCUACCAAGGCGCCCGUUACGAUACCCACCAGCGCACUUGUUGACGCUGCAUCUCGGUUGCUUCUCAUAGCCAGACUCUCGCCCAGAUCACAAACAUGGGAUCAAGCGCUUCAGACCAACGCUGCGAUUGCCAGGGAAGAGAAGGAAGAACUCUGGGCUGCGCUACCAGAUAUUCACAUCGCUGCUCUGCACCUCAUUGAAGCCUUGUUCCAGCGUCUGGGUCAGAACGCUGUGUCUAUUGCCCCAGAGGUCCUUGACCACCUUGUCCGAGUAUUCAAGUCAGGAAUCAACCUUCCCACAGUCCGAACGACCGGAUACACUGUCCUCAAAGAGAUCUUGCUUAUCUCUGGCCCAACACUAUCCAAGCCUUCGGUUGGUAGCUUAGACCCUGUAUUUGGCGCUUGCUGUCGUGACUUGCAACAAGAUGCAGGUCACCUUAAAGAGGCUGAGAAGCCAGCGGCAACUGGCACCGACAGUAAGAAGAACAGCAUCGCCGCCAACGCUGAUCUUUUCCUUCAGCCUCAAGCCGCCGUCGUUAUCUCAACCCCUUCCCUAGAGUCCAAGCACAGGGCCGCUGCUGCAAAGCUCUUGCCCGUUAUUCUGUCAAAAGUACCACAGCGACAUCUCAAGCCUUCUUUGCGUGGUCUCGUUGACCAGACAGCUAUCUUGACAAAUAGCCGUGACGCUAUGCUGGCAAGUGUUCUCAACCCAUACAAGGACCAACGUGGUAGAGUGUACCCUAGCAUUCUUCCCCAUCUUACUCAGCAAUUCCCUGAUGACAAAGGUCUUGAGAUUCUGCGCACCAACAUUCGUGCGGGUGCUCAGAGUCUCGCUGAGGGUGAAGAGCCAUUAGAGGCUCUCUCUAUCGAAGAGGAGGAAGAGGAAGAGGAGCAAGAUGAGGAGAUGAAGGAUGGUGAUGUCGAGGAGCAAGACGCAGUGCCUGAAAAGAAGGGUGACUUGUUCAAGCCAGGAGCACUGCCCACAGCUCCACAUGCCGAGAAGAAUCUCCCCAUUCAGAGCAAUCCAUUUGCCCCUAUCGAGAAGGCUGCUCCCUCAACUGAGAAUGCCUUCGCACGGGCAUCCUCACCGCCAAAGCGAAAGCACGAAGGUUCAGAUUCUGCACCUCCGAAGAGACAGGUUCUGGAAAAGUCCUCUUCUCCUGACCGUGUUCUCCCAGCGCCUAUUCAAAGGGCCCCAGUUGUGGCCAAGGAACCUGAAGAGGAAGAGGAUGACGAUGAUGAUAAUGAGAGCGUUCAUCUCAAUAUGGAACUGGACGAUGAAGAUGAAGAUGAAGAUGAGGACUAGACAUUUCACGGGACAUAGAAAAGUAAUUUUAAAAGAUUUAUUGGGGUAUAAAUAUAUGAGCCGAUCCCUAGCCUUCUAGCCUUCACCGACCUUCUUCUCAAUGCACAGUAGCACGUCUACAUCCAAAGCGGCCGUCGUCUCUUCAAUCAAAUCCAGAAACGGCCCACCAACUCCUCCCUACCAUAAGAACGCCUUCGAGCAAUGAUGCCACCUAGUAUACGAAAAUAGAAAAAGUCCCGCUAGUCUCAGUCCCUGAGCCAAGCGCGACGCUUUUCCUCCUUACGAGCCCUUCGCUUCUCUUUGAACUGCUUCAGUUCAGCCUUGGAAGGCUUCUUCCCAGAACGCUCUGCCUUCAAGCUCCGGCCGUCAUGAGCAUUGGCUGCGGCCUCAACGUCAAAAAAGGCGUUCAUCUGGCGCUUUGACUUGGCUUCAUCACUAUGACGCUCGGGCCCUUGGCCAGCUGCUUGGAACUGGCCUGUGAAGCGGUUGAACGUUGCUGUUGCGGCGUAUAUCUCUGCAGGGUCAGUGAUGCCGGCGCUGGUGGUCGCAAUUUGGUCUUCUUCUUGAGUACAUUUUGCGUACCAAGCGUUGGGAUCGUAAUCGCCAUGGAUUGCCGGGUUGUAGCCUCCAGCGACAGGUUUCUCUGAAGCUGGAGGUUGAGGAACACCUGGGGCGGUGCCCGGGGCAGCGGGUAUAGGAGCGCUCGUGGUAAUACGAGGGUUAUCCCACUGAGACUUGCCAGUGAAGCGAUUCACGAAGAACCAAGCUUGCGUGUUUGGGUCCCACUGACAGUCCCAGCCAUCAUCCUCUUGUUGCGGCGCAGGCUCGUUGGGCAACGGAGGGCCACCAGGUACAGGCUCGCUUGGCAAAGGUGGUCCAUCUGGCGUCGGUUCGUUCGGUAGAGGAGGCGCAUCCUUAUCAUCGGGGGCGCUGUUAGGUUCCUUGGGAGAUUCAGAAGCCUCUCCAUCUUCGCGAUCUGAACUCUCCUCCACUGGUUCGGUUGCGCCGUCGCGCUUUGGCGACUCUGGCUUUGGCGACUGAGCUGCAGGCUCCUCUACGCCUGCGGAUGGCUUAGGCGACGACAUGGCGAUUGUUGCGGUUGUUGUUGCGAUGUUGAAGCGUCUAUCAUCCCAAAAAUGAGUUUACGAAAAUCGACAGUGUCAUCGUGAUACUUAUGCACCUGGAGUUUGUCUUAGCAAAGCUGAGCGAGUGUGGUUUUUGUCAUCCAGUAAAUGGAGUCGCAGGCUACGCUUCACAUAGCAAGAGUGCUUUGUGCACGUCGUCGAAAAACGAAUCGUUGUUUGUGACGACGUAGGAUACAAAAAGAUGGUGAAUGUACAGAGUAGAUGCGAAUAAUAAUGAAGAAUGAAUCAGCGGC